AUGGCGGGCGACAUGAUGAUGCUGAUGCGAGGCUUGGCGAAGCUGAGUCAGGCCGUGGUGGAGAUGCAAAGCAACGCCCUGCGUGGCGGGACAGGCCUUCCUGGUGUCGGCGCCGCUGUCCAAAAUUUUCAAACGGUUGCCGAGCAAGGCAUCGCCAUGGUGGUGACGAAAGCGCAGGAGCUGAGUCAGCAGCAAGCCGCCCCGGAGUCCGAUUUUCCUCCCGAUUCGUCUGAAUUCAGCGAGUAUGACGAGUUCGUAGCCGAUCGCAGGGCGGAUGCCGAGGAGGAAUCGGCCGUUCGGAGCACGAAGAGCUCGCCGUUCGCCGGCUACAAAGAUCCCUCGCGAGAGUUCGGCAACAGGUGGUACCACACGGACGCCCGCCACCGGCAUUUGCUGACGAGCGGGUGGCUCGGGGUGUCCGGGCGGCGGCGCUACCACCAGGAGCCGUCGUCGUCCGUGGGCGGGCUGACGGCCGAAGAUCUGGAGAAGGCACGGCAGAGCAAGCGGAGCGACGUCAAGCCGCACAAGCAGAUGCUGAGCGAGAGCGCACGUGAGAGGAAGGUGCCCGUGACCCGCCUUGGCAGACUCGCCAACUUUGGAGGUUUGGCUGUGGGUUUAGGUCUCGGCGCCUUGGCUGAAGUCGCCAAGAAGACCAUCAGACAUAACGACGCAACCGGAGAGAGCAAAAAAGCAGUGCUUAGUUCGAGUCCCUUUUUGUCCGAAGCCAACGCUGAACGCAUCGUGAGGACUUUGUGCAAAGUGCGAGGGGCAGCGCUCAAGCUCGGACAGAUGCUCAGUAUUCAAGACGAUGCGUUCAUCAACCCACAGCUCGCCAAGAUAUUCGAGCGCGUACGUCAAAGUGCCGACUUCAUGCCCAUCAAGCAGAUGACGAAAGCGCUAAAUAACGACUUGGGUCCCAACUGGAGAAACCAACUGGAGUCGUUCGAGGAGCGUCCGUUCGCCGCCGCCUCUAUCGGGCAAGUGCAUUUGGCCAGGCUCAAAGACGGCAGGGAGGUGGCUAUGAAAAUACAGUAUCCCGGUGUGGCGCAAAGCAUCAACAGUGACGUCAACAAUUUGAUGACGGUGCUUAGUAUGAGCAACGCGCUUCCUGAAGGUUUAUUUCCCGAGCACCUGAUUGACGUGAUGCGGAGAGAGUUGGCGCUCGAGUGCGACUACAUCAGAGAGGCUCAAUGUGCCAAAAAGUUUCGGGAAUUGCUGAAGGACCACCCGUUCUUCUACGUCCCGGAGGUGAUCGAGGAGCUUAGCAGCGCCCAUGUGCUAACCACGGAGCUGGUUCCCGGCUUCCCUUUGGACCAGGCUGAAGGUCUUCCUCAGGAGCUAAAGAACACGAUCUGCGAGAACAUCCUGAAACUGUGCCUUAGAGAGUUGUUUGAGUUCCGCUUCAUGCAGACGGACCCUAACUGGUCCAACUUUUUGUACGAUCCGCAGACGCACAAGGUGGCGCUGCUGGAUUUCGGAGCUACGAGAGGAUUCGAUCAAAGUUUUACAGAUAUUUACAUCGAGGUGAUCCGCUCGGCCGCUGAGGGUGACAGAGAGGGAGUUCUAAAGAAGUCCAUCGAGAUGAAGUUUCUCACAGGUUAUGAGUCCAAGGCAAUGGAAAACGCGCACGUGGACGCGGUGAUGAUCCUCGGCGAGGCCUUCGCGUCGCCCAACACCUUCGAUUUUGGAGCGCAAUCGACCACGGAGCGCAUCCAUAAUCUGAUCCCCGUCAUGCUUCGCCACCGCCUGACGCCGCCGCCUGAGGAGACGUACUCGCUUCACCGCAAGAUGGGCGGCUCCUUCCUCAUCUGCUCGCGUCUGAACGCCAAACUGCGAUGCAAGGACAUGUUCCGGGAGGCCUACCAGCGCUACUGGGAGGGCCGCACGCCGCCCGUUUGA